GAGGACCUGGAAGUGAACAUCGCCAAAGUGGACGUGACGGAGCAGCCGGGAUUAAGUGGACGAUUUAUCAUAACAGCUCUUCCUACCAUUUAUCACUGUAAAGAUGGAGAGUUCAGGAGAUACCAGGGUGCCAGAACUAAAACUGAUUUCAUAAAUUUCAUCAGUGACCAGGAAUGGAAAUCAAUUGAACCAGUUUCAUCAUGGUUUGGUCCUUCCUCUUUCCUGAUGAGCAGCAUGUCAGCUCUGUUUCAGUUGUCCAUGUGGAUCAGGCACUGCCAUGGAUAUUUAACAGAGAAGGUUGGGAUGCCAGUCUGGGGCUCCUAUGCUGUUUUUGCCUUGGCAACUCUCUUCUCAGGACUGAUACUGGGACUUAUCAUGGUGUUCUUGGCAGACUGUAUCUGUCCCUCCAAGAGGCAGAGAGCACCACAGUACCCUCAUUCAAGAAAGCUAGCCCCAGAGUCAGCUCAGCUGCUGAAAAAGCUGGAUGAAGAGCAAGAAGCAGAUGAGGAGGAUGUCUCAGAUGAUGAAGCAGAGGGGAGAGGGGUGUCUGACAGGAACUCAGCACCCAACACCGUCAGGCAGCGCCCUGUGAACCCUCCUGCUGCUGCUGCUGCAGAGAAGUCUUAG